GGAAGUGACUGGGGCGGAGCGGCAAAAUACGGAGAGGGGCUGCUUUUACCAUUAGUUCGUAAUUAAUAGUUUUCCAAAUUGAAAUUUGUGGAGUGUUCGCCAAUUGAGGAUUAUAACACAUAACCAUGGAGCCAGAUAUAUCACCAGAUGCUUCAAGAUCAGAAGAAACUAAUGAUAAAUCGCACAAACCAAAAAAGGAGAAAAAGAAAAAAGACAAGAGUGACCCAGAGCACAAGGCGAAAAAGGAGAAGCACAAGAAGCAGAAGGAGCGCGACCGGUCGGCGGACGAGGGCGGCGAUGACGGCGGCGGGGAGGAGAGUGCGGCGGCCGUGAAGCGGGACCAGGACCGACGCUACUCGCUCAUGAUCCAGGGCUCGGGCGAUGUGGACGGCGGCCCGGGCCUCCAGUACAUGGCCUUCGUCGUCAUGGACGACCUGGCCGACAAACUCAAACUGCUCGACUACGAACGCGACUUCUGCAAGCCGCUCAAGAUGAAGCCGCUGAGUCGCCACUACUUUGUGUAUUCGUUCAACGUGGGCGAGCAGUUUUAUCUAUUCACCUCGCUGGCGGCGUGGCUGCUGCGCCGCGCCGGACGGCACAUGGAGCAGCCGCAGGAGUACGACGACCCGAACGUCACCAUCUCCACCAUUCUGGACCACUGCCGGCAGCUGGAGCUGCACGUCGACUUCCCGCCCAGCCGGCUGAAGCAGGGCAGCGGCGAGCAGGUUAUCUACGUCAUCGAUCGGCUGGCCGACCACGCGCUGCGCACCGUCAACUUCCAGUGGGAGAAGCCCGAGAUCCCGCCGGAGGAGGUGGUGAAACAAGAGGAGGACGAGGCGGAGAUUACCACGGAGAAAGUAGAUGAACACGAAGAGGAUGUAUACUCGGAAGAAGAAGAGGAGGGUGCCGUCCUCAACCUCGAGGACCUGAAGAACCUCUCGAUCCAGGGUCUGAACGUGCACAUGGACAUGCAGAAGCCGGAGGACAUCCUCGAGUCGACCACCAACACGGAGGAGUGGCGGUUGGAGAUGGAGCGCGUGCUGCCACAGCUGCGUGUCCAGGUGCGUACCGACACCCGCGACUGGCGCAAUCACCUGGACCAGAUGCACAACUACCGGUCGGCCAUCGACGAGUCGCUCUCACAGACUCAGUCGCAGCUGGACCGGCUGCACUCUGACGUCAGUGGCACUCUGGACAAGAUCGUCAACCGGGAGAAGUACCUCAACUCGCAGCUGGAGCACUCGCUGGCCGACUACCGCGGCCUCGUCGACGACCGGGACAGCACCCAGGAGCAGUACCGGUCGGUGAGCGGCGGCGUGGUGGAGCGCUCUCGACAGCUGGCCCAGCUCACCGACGAGCUCGAGUCGGUCAAACAGGAGCUGGAGGAGCGCGGCACCAGCAUGACCGACGGCACGCCGCUGGUCAACAUACGGAAGGCGCUCAACCGCAUCAAGCAGGAGGUGCAGGGCAUGGACGUGCGUAUCGGCGUGGUGGAGCACACGCUGCUGCAGUACCGGCUGCGCGACAAGGAGGCCCUCCAGCAGGAGGCCAACGUUCAGUUUACCGCCAACAGCAUCGGGCUGUACUGAGAGCUGCGGCCGGGAGGCAGGACGGCCCACCGCGUCAGCGUCCUUUGGCGCCUGCAGAAUAUUUUGUUCGCACGGACGAUGCACAAAUAUUGAUGGGCACGUGAGGACGACAACCUCCGAAAUGCUACUCCGUUAACGUGAGUUUUGCACAGCUAAUUACGUCAUCCUGUCGCGAUUUAGUUCGUGGAUAUCGGGUCACCACGAUCAUGCUUGCCGACCCAGCAUUAUUUGAUCGACCCUUGAAGAUGCUUGAUGACCUCUGAAAUGGCUUUGCGUAUCUCUGAAGACGUGCACGGGCAAUUUUGCUAGCGCUGUUAUAUUUAUGGUACACUUGUACUCGACGCUGGCAUGGUGCCUUUUCUGCGAAGUUGCACUUGUAAACUGCUUAACUUGUUAAAUAUCCACAGUGGGAACUACGAUUCCGUCCAGCUUCAGCCUCAAGUGUCACUUUACAGCACAGCAAGGCUCGUAUGAUAUUUUGUGUUAAGCUUUUUUAUCUGGUCAUGCAUUUAGUCAGUGGCAUUGUGGUUUUUGUAUGACUUAUAUUACAUUAUUAUGUAGCGGUUGUACAUAGUAUUCUCAAUUGGUACGCUGUCUUGUGUUUUCACCAUUUUGGUUAAUAUUUAACUUGUGGCACAGUUGUAGUUAUCUGCCACAAAAGAUCUCGCGUUUCUUGUCGUGUCGAUAUUUCUAGUCAUGUAAUGCGGUGAAAUUAUAUUAUUUAGUUUGACUCGGUUCAUUGUUUUGCCAUGUCCAAUGUCUUAUUGUGGCGUGUUAAAUUUGAGGCCAUAUAAAGCACAUGUACCCAC